AUGAACGAGAAUAGCAUCAAGCUAUAUCCCGCCGCUGCAGGUCUUCCCUGGCAUUGUACCAUUCCAGUUCUGAGGCAGACCAAACAUUGGAAAGCUGCAUUAUCUAUGGUCACAAAGCUGCUAAAUCUAUUUGCAGAGGACGACAUUGCCAAUACUACUCUUUACAGAGGGUCCAAGUCAUAUGCGAAUAUGGCUAAAAAGGAGCUACGCGUCAUAGAUCACAGUUGGCCUAGAUUUACCUUUUAUCUGUGGCCUGCCGCUGAUGAGAGGAGGCUCGAGCUGCUCUCCGCUACUAUGACCUUAUUGUUCAUCUUUGAUGAUCUCCGUCUAAUUUAUCCUCAAGAUGUAUGGGAGAUGCAAGAUGAAGAAACAAUUCGCAUCAUUCAGUCCGAAUUUAUUUCUUGCCUGAAACUACCGGACUCUGAGACUUCUUUAUCCGAGAGGGAGCGGAACCUCACACCCCUCCAGGCUAUGAUAACUCAAGUUAUACAAGGGUAUUAUGAUGAAGAUCUGAAAGGAGGAGAUGGCGGCAAGGACGUCGUGAAGUACCUGAUCGAUUUCAUCAACCACCCUCCUCCCGCCAAGACUUACAAUACGCUGAGAGAGUAUGUGGAUUACCGCAUUGUCGAUAUGGCUGCACAAUACGGCCUUGCAGGUGUCAAAUUCUCCCUACACUCCAGUGUUCAGAUUGACAGUCCUACCAUUAAACGGUUUAUCAGGCUUUCAUUAGAGCAUAUCUGCUACUCUAACGACCUUGGCUCAUACGAAAAGGAGAAACAGGCAUAUAAUCAAGGUCGUGUCUCGUACAUCAUUAACGCGGUUGACGUGAUCAAGAAACUGUUCAACCUUCCUGAUGAUGUCACCGCAAAGUCAGUUACCCUUGCUCUUCAAAAGCAGACCGAGAUAGAAAUCGGAACGGAGCUUGAACAGCUUCGUGCAUCGGGCAAAGCUACUGCCGAGGAGCUUGAAUAUUGCGAAGCCGUGCUCCAUUUAUCAAUGGGCAAUACAUUUGCUUCAGUGGUCAUGUCCCGUUAUGGAGGGGAUGUCGCACGACUUAUAUCCUAA